GUGUAUCCACAUCAGCAAUUAAGGUGGCAUCAACCAGACUUCCUUCCCCUAAAAGCUUGGUGGCCACGCCCACCCAGAUUCUAGCACAAUUCCCUAAACAACAUCAACAGUCCCCAAAACAGCAACUGCAUCAAGUGCAGCAACAGCCCCAGCAGCAACUGGCCCAGCCCACAGCAGUGUCUCAUCAGCAACAGCCCCAGCAAUCUCAGUUACCACCUGGCAUCAAGCCCACCAUCCAGAUCAAACAGGAAUCAGGUGUUAAAAUCAUCACUCAGCAGGUUCAACCAAGUAAAAUCCUCCCUAAACCAGUCACAGCAACACUGCCCACCAGCAGCAAUUCACCCAUUAUGGUGGUGAGCAGCAAUGGGGCGAUCAUGACAACUAAACUGGUUACCACUCCUACUG